CAGCGGGGAAACUCCGUUUUCUUACUGAAAAAAAGAACCUUUUUUGUCUGCCAAAAAAGAAGAAGCCUUUUUUCUAGUUUCGCAUUCCCCAGCAUCUAAUUCUUGACGGCCUAUAUAUACAUGCUGUAUUGUAGUUUAGGCUUGUGAGAGCUGGUAUUCAAUUUGAAGUUUUCUAGGUGUUGUUGCUCUGUGCAAGUUUCUGAUAGAAGAUGAGCUCUGCAACUUUCAGCUCCAAUUUUCUUCAAACUGGGUGCCUCAGGAAGGACGGGUUUAACAAUCCAAAGGAUAAGAAGCGAAAUGUAGGGAAGGUGUUUGUUAAAUGUUCCGUGAAUACAAAAACCCAGAAAGCAGAAAAGGAAGUUCGACUUGGUGUUCUUGGAGCCAGUGGUUACACUGGUUCUGAGAUUGUUCGGCUGCUGGCAAACCAUCCUCACUUUGGCAUUACCUUGAUGACUGCUGAUAGAAAAGCUGGACAGUCGAUUGGAUCGGUGUUUCCUCAUCUGGUUUCCCUAAAUCUGCCAAAAAUGGUUGCUGUCAAGGAUGCUGAUUUUUCUGAUGUUGAUGCUGUAUUUUGUUGUUUACCACACGGAACCACACAGGAAAUUAUCAAAGGCCUUCCCAAGAGUUUAAAGAUUGUUGAUCUGUCUGCUGACUUCCGUCUACGAGAUAUCUCUGAGUAUGAAGAAUGGUAUGGUCAGGCACAUAGAGCACCAGAAUUGCAGAAAGAAGCUGUAUAUGGUUUGACGGAGAUUUCAAGGGAGGAGGUAAAAAGUGCACGCCUAGUUGCUAAUCCUGGUUGCUAUCCAACUUCUGUUCAGCUUCCCCUUGUUCCACUGAUUAAGGCUAAUCUCGUUCAACCUAAAAAUAUUAUUAUUGACUCAAAGUCUGGUGUUAGCGGAGCAGGACGUGGUGCCAAGGAGGCAAAUUUGUACACUGAAAUAGCUGAAGGCAUAUAUUCUUAUGGCGUUACCCGUCAUCGCCAUGUUCCGGAAAUUGAGCAGGGACUAUCUGAUGCUGCAAAUUCAAAAGUAACUGUUAGUUUUACUCCACAUCUAAUGCCAAUGAGUCGUGGUAUGCAAUCAACUAUCUAUGUGGAACUGGCUCCGGGGGUAGAAAUCAAGGACUUACGCCAACAGUUGAAGUUAUCCUAUGAGGAUGAAGAUUUUGUAGUUUUGUUGGAUGAAGGAAUUGUCCCUCGCACUCAUAAUACUCGAGGAUCUAAUUAUUGUUUCAUCAAUGUCUUUCCUGAUCGGAUUCCUGGAAGAGCAAUAAUAAUUUCUGUUAUUGAUAAUCUUGUCAAGGGAGCUUCAGGUCAAGCCUUACAGAAUCUUAAUGUGAUGAUGGGAUUUCCAGAAAGCACAGGGCUUCUUUAUCAGCCCUUAUUUCCUUGACAUGUUAAUUAAUCACACAUGAGUAAGCAGGUAAUUAAGGUGUAGAAAAGCCGUUUGCAGGAGCUGCGUGACUAUAUCUGGGAGUUUACUUUGGUUAUACAAGUUUAGAAAUAUGUUUUACCUGUUGUAUUUAGAGAUUUUGUAUCCUCUUAAAUGCUAGCCUGUUUGAUUUGAUGGCACUUAAUCAUGAAAUAAUUUUUCACCUA